ACCAGAUAGUAACUGAUGAGCACGAGAAAGUAGUUUUAUUUAUUUAUUUUUAAGAGACUCUCUACUUAAGCCAUUUAAUUACAAAAUGUAACUUUCUUCUGAAAUUAAAUUAAAUAUAGUUUAUCAAGUAAAUAACUAGAUUUUUUUUAAAUGUCCCAUUCUCCCUUUGAAGUGUUAUUUGAGUUUUAUUUGUGUUGAGUCUUUGUAUUAUUAUUUAUCUUUGGUGAUUAAUAACUAACAUUUUUAUUCCUCAUUUAUUUACUUUGGCUUCUGUUAUUGCAGAUCCAAAUACAUUUUUUUUCUUAAUAUUCGUAACUUCCUGUAGAUUUCAAGACUACCAAACUAAAGAGAAUUUCCAGUCGUUUUGGAGUUUGUUGUUUUAUUGAAAUUGUGUUAGACUGAGAAUAUUUUAGAACAUCUCCACCAGGGGCCUGGACCCUGUGGCUCCGGGGACACAUGUGCUUCUUUUACCCCUCCAUUGUGGCUCUUAGGUUAAUGAAAAAUGAAGUGUUUCCUUUUAAAAGUUAAACUCAGUUUAACUCAAACUUUAUUCAACCAAUGCAUAAACGGUUGAAAGACCGUGUAUAUCAGAAGUUAAAAUAAAACUUUUGACCAUAUUUAAGCGCCGUGUGCCACAGAAAAUCAAUUGUAGGUCAGUGAGCACAACCAGAGUUGAGUCACACCGGAUUAAAAGACAGAUUUUCUGUUUUUGAACAAAUUUAAGGUUUUAAAGUGCUCCUUAUCGUUUUAAAAUUAUAAGGGUCACUUAAUUAGCUCAGAUUUAAUUGCGAUUAGUUAGAUUUACACAUUUCUCACUGAGAUGCACCAAGGAAGGUAAAAUAACCUUUUUUUUUCCACUGUUGACUGCAUCGACAUGAUCCUAAGUGACACAGGGUCACAUUGGAUUCCUUUAAUUUGAAAGGAAGUCUUGUGAACCGCUGUCAAAAGUUAACUAUUUCAUAUUUUGAAAAAAAAAAAGAUGCAAUUUUUCCUUUUAGUAUUUUAUUUGAUAAAUUAUUUUGUAUUUAUCAUUGUAAAAACAGUAACACAGAUAGAAAUCAUUGUUUUGGGUAGUUGUCAGUAAGAAAUCAACCUGAAUGGCUCUAUUAUUGUUGAAGUUUGCAGACUCCUGAUAGAUGAUCGGAUCACAAUAUCAUAACAUUUAGAAAAGCCCUGCAGUCCUGAUCCCGGCCUCUCCUCUCCGUCAUGGACAGCCUGGAGGAGGACCUGACUUGCUCCGUGUGCUACCAGCUGUUCUCCGACCCCCGGGUCCUCCCGUGCUCGCACACCUUCUGCAAACCGUGCCUGGAGAACCUGCUGCAGGCGUCCAACAAUUACUCCAUAUGGCGCCCGCUUCGCCUGCCCAUCAAAUGCCCCAACUGCCGCAGCGUGGUGGAGCUGCCCCCGGCGGGUGUGGACGCCCUGCCCAGCAACGUCUCCCUGCGGGCCAUCAUUGAAAAAUACCAGAGAGACGAGGAGCCGCGGCCUCCGUCCUGCCAGGAGCACCCCAGACAGCCGCUCAACAUGUACUGCAUCCAGGAUCGGCAGCUGAUCUGCGGGCUGUGCCUGACCGUCGGUCAGCACCAGGGCCACCCCAUAGACGACCUGCAGGCCGCUUUCACCAGGGAGAAGACCACCCCGCAGCAGCUGGCCGAGCUCUCUGAGCACAGAUGGGCUGAGGCUUGUGAAUUAGGGGAGCAGCUGGAGCAGGAAAAAUUUCGCUGCGAGGAUUUGUUGAGGCAAGACCGGGACGACGUGACCCAGUUCUUUCAUUCCCUGGCGCUGGUGAUGGCCAAAAAGAAAGAGGCGUACCUGGAGGUUCUGGACAAAGCCGCCGCUGAGGUGUCGCAGGCGUACGACCCCCUGAUCCAGAGGGUCAAGGAGCUGCAGGAGGAGCAGCUGGAGCUCAUGUCUCUGGGUUCGUCUGUGGAAGAGGAGGAGGAAUCCCCGCUGGCGUUCUUGGAGAAGGUGCAUUUGUUCCGAGAGAGGGUGGAGAAGUUCCUCAAAGCGCCUCUGCCGUGUCCCAUCAAGCUGUCCGUCACGCCGCGCGCCGCCGACUACCUGCAGCAGCACUGGCCGGCGAUGACUAUUGGGUGCUUGGAGGAGGCGCCCGUCCCCGCCGUCUGCUGCUGUGCCCGACACGGCGGCGUGGCGGCAGAUGGGACGGCUGCGCGGGACUCGUGGCCCGACCAGCUGAUGGCUAUUUCUGCGUUACUGGUGACGCUACUACUGACGGCGUUGUGGUUGAAUCCGUUCGGAGGAGCUGACUGGUCUCACGUUGGUCAGCUGGUCCACAGCCAGACUGGGGAUCUCCUCACAGCGGUGGAGGAGGCGGUGAUGUGGGCGUUGACGACCACUGGGGUCACUUUGCAGGGGUGGGGCUUACAGCUCUCUUUACUGAAGGAUGAGGUCUUUCAGGAGAUGGCGGCUUUUUUCAAAACGCCGUCUCCUUGAAAGAGGAAGACUUCUCCAAUCUUGUUGUAAUGCAAAAAUAGAAGCUUUUGAAAGGCCUAAAGACCGUUAAAAAAACCCCGGUGAUUAAGUGGGUGGCGCUGGUUCUGUGGAGUUUCCAUGUUCUCCCCGUUCAUGUGGGUUUUCUCCUUUAACAGUCCAGAAACGUGCUUCAUAGGUUACUCUGAAAUUGUCCCCAGGACGCAGAGUGUGGCCCUACGACAGACUGGCGCCCUGUCCAGCGUGUACCCCGCCAGCGCCCCACAGCAGCCGGGUCGGCUCCUGCAGCUCCGUGACCCUAAAAGGGACUGAGCGGGUUCUGAAGAUUGAUGGAUGGAUGGUUACUGAAAUGAAAUUUGAGGCUCUGCUUUUUCCACUUGAAAGUGGAUUGAUAAAGCAGAGAUUUAAGAAAAAUGUAACAAACGUGAAAGAAAACAAACAUGGAGUUACCCUGAUUUCAACCUUCAUGAAAUGUAUCUUUGUGUGAAACAGUCAUGUUCUUUAAGCACAAUUGUUUUUGUGUAACUGAAAGGUGUUGUGCUCGUCUUUGUAAGUAUUCUGGUUUUUAUAAAGGUUUGAGAAAUGAUAAAAACAAAGGAAUUUGGAAGCUUUGUUUACAUUUUCAUCACUAGAAUUGGUCAAAAACAACAGUCCUAUGAAAAAAAAAA